AUGCACUCUCCCAAAAAAAAAAAAAAACAAACUCUCUAGCAAUACACAUCAAACUGAGCAUGUGCAAAAUGCCUAUGGUUCAGUCUGUCUUUUCAGGAGAUAAGAGGUGGUCAUUUAAACAAGGGAAGGAACAGAGAAGAAAGGAUCAAACAGCCUUUUUACACAAUGCAGAGGAUAACCCCUUAGAUUCCACAGUGAGUAUAACAAGCAUGCUUUACUGCCAGGGGCGGACUGACAACUCAUGGAGCCCCUGGGCAAUAGGGGAUCAUGGGGUCCCUGUGUCCUUGCCCAAACUCAAAAAGGCCUAU